CCGCUGUGGAUCUAGAGAAAUUCUCCGAGUGAAGAUACCCGAACUGUUUCAGCUGAAGCCUACGUUAUUUACAGUAGGGCCCUGUUAUGUCAUCACGAGGCUGGGGAAACCCGCUUGGCAGACGAGGAAGGGUCCAAACAGUGAAGUGACCAUACAUUUCCCGAUCCUCCCAUGUGUAGGACGAACUGACGUCGUCGAUAACCCUCCUUGAUACUUCCUGUCGGUCCCGUAGCUGCUUGCUCCUCGCCAUCGUUUACUUGCCAUGCUGGUGCCUGCGCAAUGGGUGCGUCAGAAUCCAAAUUGGUGUUCAAGCAGGGAAUCUUCAGACUAUCAGAGGAGAGGAACGUUCCAGCCAACGACCCCUACUGGACGGGCUUCUGGGAGUUACCCGAGUCGGUCGAAGAUGUGUUCAGUCUCUUCUCCCAAACCGACAUACGCAGAACCCGAGACUCUGCCCUCGAGAACCUCGAAACCCUCAUACUAGCCGUAACGUCACGUCUCAAUGUGCUGAAGAACCACCCUUCGUUCCCAGAUCCAGACAUCGCUCCGGAGCGGGACGCGCUGAAUUGCGCACGGGUCCUGACCAGACUGCUGCCCUUUGUCUACGAGGCGGACAACUUGACAGAAUGGGAAGAGAAGUUCUUCUGGGGUAUGCGUCGACGGCGGACACGAAGGGCUCAGGUUUCUGGGGAGAUUUUGUUCGAUGACAAUGAAGAGUAUCAGGACACAACGACAGAACCUCAAGGGGAGGAUUUCGAAGAGGCAAAGCCGCUGGCUGAAGAACUCAUCGACACUUUGAUCGAUCUCCUCUUCUACGCAGGGUUCACGAUACCAGAACUACCUCAGGCCAAGGGCAAGGUCACAUAUGCGAUUUGGCAGAGCGGGGUCGGUUGCAAAGCGUCCAUUGCGACCAGCAAAGAACUCGAGAACAACCGGUGUGAGAUCCUGCGACUGCUUUUGACUCUUACCAGCAAGGCCAUGUACAUGCCGUCAGGUGUGCUUCCGGUCCAGGGCGUCAAAGCCAUCACAUACAUGGCUACCUGCCCUGACAAACAAAUCGUCUUGUCAGUCCUUUGUUCUCUUGUCAACACCACAAUCAAGUCAAACACCAACUCCUGGCGACUGCCAUAUGAUCACGUAGUCCGCAGAGACUCGAGACAGACCCUGGUUAUAUACAGCCUACAGCUUCUCCUUGUCCUACUACUCUAUCCAGUUCCGGAGGGUGGGAAUGUUGCAACGUCAAAGAACUACUAUCGCCAUUACUUGGGCCGCCUUCACAGACCUGAAGACUUUCAGUUUCUGGCGGACGGUAUGACGCGAGUAUUGAGCCAGCCUAUGCAGGCGACAAGCUCGUAUUUGCCAGGAAGCCAGAAGUCAGUCACCUGGGCCCCUGAGAUGAUAAUGCUGUUCUGGGAAGUGCUCCAAUGCAACAAGCGCUUCAGAGCAUUCAUCAUAGAGUCGAAUCGAGCACAUGACUUUGUCGUUCUCAUGCUCUUUUACGCCAUUGAGUACAAAGUGGACGCCUCAAAGCAAGGAAUCGUGAGAAUGUGCGUCUUUGUUCUGCAGACUAUGAGUGUGGAAUCUCCCUUCGGGACCAACCUCAACAAGAAAUUCGAGGGACAAGAAACACUGCCUCCGGCCAUUCGAUUAUCCAGCUUCAGAGGCUCUUAUGCCGACUUUCUCAUCAUAUCAAUACACACCCUUAUCACCGGCAGCAAAGGAAAGCUGGAGGCUAUCUACCCAGCGCUCCUCGCCAUCAUAAACAAUAUGGCUGCCUAUGUGCAGAAUCUGUCACUUGCAGCUAGUGGUCGACUGAUACAAUUGCUCACCUUGAUGUCAACACCAAGCUUUCUCCUAGCGAACGAGAGCAAUCAUACUCUACUCCAGGCACUGCUGGAGGCCAUCAACACCACGAUCGAACAUCAAUAUACGUCCAAUUCGAACUUGAUCUAUGCCGUGUGGCGUUCGCGCAAACGGAUUGAAACUCUGAGGGCUUUCACACUGGAAGGCGGUCAAGCCGAUCUCGAACGUGCAGCCCAGCGACGGAAAGAAGAGGGCUCAAAUGAAGUGGGCCACGACCUCUCCCGGUCAUCUACAUCAGAAACAUUUUCUCCCUCGGCUCGCGGUCUCCCAGCCUCUCCCGGUCCUGACAGCGCGGUAGAUGGCACCUUUGCUAUUGGAGACUCGGAUGAUUCAGAAAAUGAGGAAGCCCCAACACCUUCCCAAUCCACACAAUCGAUGCGGACGUCACGAACACCAUCAGUUGCAUCGUCGUCUGUUGCAGAUGACGUUCCUAUACAGUUGACGGGUAUGUCGGAAAAGGCACGGGGUAAAAUGCCUGCCGGAUCUUCGACUUUCUCCCGACAGAACAGCACCACAAGUCUCUCGGCCAGCUCGAACUACGCUGCAUCUCGUGGCUCUUUCGCCGCUACCAGCGAGUGGCUCGAAAGCUGGCUCCCAGAACUUCCACUGCACACCUUAUUAACCGUCAUCAAAGUUCUUGCAACACAUCCACUUGUUGUUGAACGCUCAAGUACCCACAGCGAUGGUUCCAAUCCAUCCUCUCGUCGUAGCUCGAUCGCGAAUGACGAGACCACAAUUACUGAUUUCCGAGCCCAGAUCCCAACAACAGCCAACCAUCCUGCCGUUUCUGCCAUUCUGGCGUCGCCAAGUCCUAUCCGCGUGCACCUCUUCGAGUGGUCGCCGCUCUCGCUGGGCUGGUACUUGUCUGUACUGUGGAGUUUGAUAUUCACGGCGGAAAUGACCAUCACACCUGCUUCGUCGACAGCGGCCACAUUGACUGGUGCUGGUGCCGCGGCUGCGCCUGUGGGUGUCUGGAACGGGACGAAUGUGAAGCUCUUCCAGGUUGCCACGGAGGGCAGACGUGAAGGACCGAGUCUUUCGCAACCGAGGGGUGCGGUUGACGCUGUCGGAUCAAGGCUCGUGCAGGGUGUGCAGGGGUUGAACUUGGGCGGGCUGGUCGGUCGCGUUGGAGCCGUCGGUCGCUCUGCGAGUUAUACGGGACAAGCUGAUGGCGGUAAUGGACAACAGAGGCCGAGGACGAGGGAAAUCUGAUGGGCAUUGCCGCGUCAAUUCUUCGUACUUGACUCAUGUCUGUCGCCGUGGUGUUUCGGUGAGGUUCGAAGUGGUGUGUACUAUUACUUGGAGCAAGCGUUUCGUCGCAUAGAUAUAGGGUGCCGGCAGUCAAUGAUUUUAUGGCCAGAAGCAAGCUACGACGAAAGACGAGCCGAGACAGUGCUCAGCGCUGCCUGACUCGAGGAGCGAGCGUGGCGUUCCGAUCCCAGAGAACUCGUAAUUGGUGCUAGGCUUCUCAAGUAUUCCAUUAGGUUACUCAUACAUUCCUCUUGGCUUCUAUACAUGCACGCAUU